AUGAAGACCGGUAAACUAGUCGACUUGCCCGAGCAACAGCUUAUUGACUACUCCAAACAAAACCACGGAUGCGGGUGGGGUUGGAUGUACCUAGCCUACGAAUACAUUGCCCAAAACCAUGGCAUGACCUAUGAAAGCGAUUACCCUUACAGUGGCUUCCAAGGCACUUGCAACGAGCGAGCCGCCUCCAUUGCUGCUGUGGCGAGGCAACCGGUCUCGAUCGCCAUCGAGGGUUUCAGCCCUGGAUUCAAGCAAUACAGCGGGGGCGUCUUCAAUGGCCCUUGUGGGGAGACCACUAACAACGCCGUCGCAAUCGUCGGAUACGGGAAGACCCCCGACGGUGUCGACUAUUGGCUGCUCAAGAACUCGUGGGGCGAUACUUGGGGCGAGAAAGGAUACAUGAGAAUUCUGCGGAACUCGGGCGUCCAAGGCGGUUUCUGUGGACUCGUUACGCAAGCUACUCUGCCUGUUGCGGAUUAA